AUGGCGGAAAGAUCUCCUUUGAUCAGUACAGAGGCCGGAUUUGAGAUUGCCGGUCAAGAGCAGGAUUCACCCAAUGAGCGUCCCGUAUUCGCUACCAUCGGACUGCGUAACCAAGGCUGGGCGAUUACAAACAAGUCGACCAAGUUUGCAGACUUUGCUGCUUUCGCUGAUGUUGAUGCAAAUGUGCUUGGAGCGGUCAAUGAACAGCUGAAAAAGAAAACAGGCAAGGCGGCCGACGGUUACGGAGACUAUCGACAAGUCUUGGAUCGCGACGAUAUCGACGCGGUCAUGAUUGCGACACCAGAUCACUGGCACACAAAGAUCUCUGUCGAAGCGAUGCUGGCUGGAAAGGAUGUUUACUGUGAAAAGCCGCUGACGUUGACGAUCGCUGAGGGCAAGCUAAUUGAAAAGGUUGUUAAGCAGACGGGCCGCGUCUUCCAAGUUGGCACGAUGCAGCGAACCGAGAGCGGCCGACGUUUCUUGAAGGCUAUCGCACUGAUCCGUGCGGGUCGGAUCGGAGAGAUCCGGAAGGUCACUUGUGGAAUCGGUGGUGCCACGGGUUCACCGGUGAUUCCGGCCAUCGACGUUCCCGAGGGACUUGAAUGGGACAUGUGGCUUGGCCCAGCGUCCAAGACGCCUUAUCGAGCUCUACCAGAGAUGCGCACAGGGUAUGGUGGCGGUGUUCCACUCUACACCAAUUGUCACUAUGCAUGGCGCAACUGGUACGAAUACUCCGGCGGGCAAAUGAAUGACUGGGGCGCUCAUCACGUCGAUAUCGCCACGUGGGCUUUAGGAGCCGAGGAUACCGGGCCAAACACAGUCACGCCUGUGAGCUAUUCGCUUCCGGUCGAUUACAAAGAUGGCUAUCCAACCGUUGACGAUCGGUACAAUACGCCGACAAAGUUCGAGAUCCACGCGAACAUGCCUGGUGAUAUUCCGCUCAUCAUCACCAGCGAAGGUGACAACGGCAUCUUGUUCGAGGGUACCGAGGGGCGUUUCUUCGUGAAUCGCGGGCGGUUAACCGGCGAACCGGUUGAAGAUCUGGAAAACAAUCCCUUACCCGAGGGUGCGUUAGAGGAGGUCUAUGGUGGGCCGGUGAGUGAGAAUCACACGGCCAACCUGAUCGCUGCGAUGCAAUCGCGAGAGCAACCGAUCUCCGAUGUUUGGUCGCAUAACCGCAUGCUCGAGACAUGCCACUUGGCGAAUAUUGCCAUCCGACUAGGACGUGAGCUGAACUGGGAUCCGGCUAAAAGAGUAAUCGUAGGCGAUGACGAAGCCAACGCGUUCCUCUCACGCGAAAGCCGCAAAGGCUUCGAGAUCGAAAUGUAG